CCCAAGAGGCACGAAAAGAGACAUUUCAAGCUCUUUCUACUCUCUUAAGAUAGGACACGGAUACUUCAACUCCUACCUAAAGAGAGUAAAGAAAAGAGAAUGCGAGCUUUGCAGAUGCGGGAGACCACAAACAGCAGACCAUUUACUUCUAUACUGC